GCAAAAGCUUUCGUGGAAACGGAUUCGUGGAACCGAGCUGUUUUCUGUUCAGUUCACCGAACAAACAGCUCUGGUCCCCGCGGACCUCACGGCUUCCUUCCCGUCCGAGUAGAACAGGAACCGUUUCUAUUUCUCACCUUCAUUCGAGACUAUUCGCCGGUGAUGAAUAAUUGUUCUGUGUGAGAUUCUGUUGGAUUAUUGGACUGGUUUUUUUCAGCCGUGUACUGAACUUCUCGCGCUCCAUGAUUUUCUUUAAUUUAAGGGCUGCAUCAGUCAGAAAUGGUUGCUCGAGCAGUGACCAUUUUCCAUCACAAUGAACAAGGAGCUUCGUGCCCCCCCCCCUUUCCUCCACCCCACGACCCAGCAGAGGACCUCCGCUGCAUCACCACGACCUUCCAGUAUCUACAGACUUCAGGCUGGUACUGGCACUCGAUCUCAGCGAGUGAGGCCCGGGAAGCACUCUUCCAACAGUCCGAAGGCACGUUUCUGGUCCGGGACAGCAGUCACCCUCAGUACAUGCUGGCCCUGUCAGUGAAGACCCGCUGUGGACCCACCAGCAUACGCAUAAACUACAGCGGGGGCUCCUUCUGGCUGGACUCCGUUUCCCCCAGCCUGCCUCGUCUGCAGUCCUUCCCAGAUGUGGUCAGCCUCAUACAGCACUACAAGACCUCGGGCCACUCGCCGCGGGGCCGCGCCUCCGACGCCCUCCCCCCCCAGACGAACCCUGACCCGGCCAAGCCCGCGGCCAAGGACGGUGCGGUGCCUCUGAAGCUAGCGCGUCCCCUGCACAGGCCAGAGGGCUUCCCCUCUUUGCAGCACCUGACGCGCCUCAGCAUCAACCAGCACGCGCACUGCCCCGACCAACUACCCCUCCCCAGGACUCUGCUGCGCUACCUGCAGGACUACCCUUUCACCAUAUGAAGGCCUCCAGGACGGGGUCAGUGUCACACUCCCACGACCACACGCUGUCAAUCUGGGAGGGUUUGACACCCCAAGCAACAGCGAAUGUCCCAGAGGGAGCGUAUUAAAAUGUAUGAGCUCCUUCUACGUUUAUACUGUCAAAAACAGGAUCAUGAGAAGUAAGUUGGAUUUUUUCUGUUUUCUUUGGAGCUCUUUAUGAGGGACCUGAGACUUGCAAAGACCGUCGGACAAAGUAAUGACAUCAAUGAAAGUGAUGAACUGUGGCAAAUUCAACAGUGACACACUGGGCACGAUGAAUGAAUGAAUACAUGUCUGCACACUGUUAUGCUCCAAAUGAAUAGUUAAUUUAGCAUUUAUUCUGUAAGAACCUCCCCAUGCCAACAGUGAGCUCAUGUAACAUUCUUUGGGCAAUAUUACAGGCAUCACAUGCAUGUUACCUUUAUGGUGAACAGACAUGUGAUGAUACAUCAUGUGCACACAGAUCAUUUGUUUCCAAAUGAUGUUCCCUGUUAUGAUUUUUAUUCUUUCUUCUUUUAUUGAACAUUGUGAAACCUAAUUGCAGCACAGAAUCCAAACAGUUGAGAGUUUGUUACUCUACUGGACAGAUUGGCAGAUUGGAGGCCCAGAGGUGCGUGACAAGCAAUUUUGAAGUCUGUAUCUUAUUUUAUGGCCAGAAUUCUAUCCCAAAAGAAAAUGUCUUACAAAAUCAUUAGCAUGCGCAUAAUUAUUUAACCUUUGUUUACUAUCUAUUUUCAUUCUCAGAAGAGAAGACGAUUUUUCUGUGAAUUGGGAAAUAAACGUUGAUAAUUUGUUCCAAAUGUUCUCUAAAGUGUAUCUUUCCCUGUUGAGAGGCUGGAACCUUCAACAUCCAGAUGAAUGUGAGGUAUUAGUGGCGUUCUCCUGGAAACCCGCCUGAGUUGGUUUCCACGAGGUGGAACUGAGAAAGCCUCUUAUCCGGAUUAGAGAAAGAGAGCGGCAGUUAUUAAUACACUUCUUCACCAACUGAGAACAGGCGCUCUAACUGUCUCUCAUCGUAUCAACAUCUUCAGCUACGUCAAACAAUCUGGAUUUCAUGAAAGAAACGUUUCUGACCUGCAGUCGGUAUCCACCUCGAUCUGAGGUCAGAACAAUACACUCUAGUUCAUGUAAAAGUAUCAAUACAGUAAUAUCACGUUGUGUACUUAAAGUCAUUAUAAAAUCUUAAUGUACCUGAGGUGGAGCUAGUUUUAACCCCUCGAUAUAAUGCUGGGUAAUGUAGGUUAUGCACUGUGUAGAUAGAAUCAGUACAUGUGUCAAAGCAAGAAUUGGAUGCCAAACUCACAAACUCUUGUCACAGUGUAGGAAAGCUCACAAGUUGAGUGACAACCGUUUUUCAUCAGAAUCACGAUCAAAACCAUUUAUUGCCAUGUAUGACAUAUGAGGGAUUUGUCAUGGCGGGCGGCGCCAGGUGAAGUUGACAUCUGGAUCGCUAAACAUCUUGUGCAGCCGCAUUCCUUCAAGUGUGCAGUUCUGUUGGGCGUAAGCUAAAUCUUUUGAUUUAUGCACUGUUCACUCUUCAUUUACUUAUACCUUUGUAUAUAUUUUAUAAUUAGUGCCUUUAUUAUGAUACCAAGAUUUUAUAAAUAUAUAUUUAAGAUAUUUCUAUUAAUUCGGGUCAAACCAGAGGCCUAAGGUAUAUGAAUGUUAUAUGGAUAGUGCCAUUGUCACAA